AUGGGCAACAGCCUGCGGUGCUGCCUGGCCUGCGUCCUCCCCUGCGGCUCCUUCGACUUGAUCCGCAUCGUCCACCUCAACGGCCACAUCGAGGAGUACUCGCGCCCGGUCACCGCCGGCGAGGUCAUGGCGGCGCACCCCAGCCACGUGGUGAGCCGGCCGUGCUCCCAGGGCGGCGCGCGGCGGAUCCUCAUUGUCGACCCCGAUUCGGAGCUGGAGCGGGGGUGCUUCUACUUCCUGGUGCCGACCUCGUCGGUGCCGGAGAAGAAGAGGAAGCCGUCGUCGCAGCCACAACAGAAGAAGGUGCGGUCAUCGUCCACGUCGAAGCCGACGAGCGUGCCGAGCAGUGCGGGCGCCGGCGCCGGCGCUAAUAAGGUGACGAAAGACCGCGGCGCCGGCGACAGCUACCUGGCGGAGGUGCUGUCGGAGGGCAAGGCCAGGUGCAAGCGCAGCCGGAGCGUCCGCGCGACGGUGUGGCGGCCGCAUCUUCAGAUCAUCCCGGAAGAAGCUCUCGAGUGA